ACUAGCCCACCACGUGUGCUCGGUUAGUACAGCGUGGUCCCAGAGCAGAACAUCCGGCUGCAGAGAAAGAGAGACAGGCAGGUCCCUGAUAAAUAAGUUUCUGCGUUUUAGGACAGGAUGUCUUUCCGAGGAGGCGGUGGAAGGGGAGGUGGCUUCAGCAGAGGUGGAUUUGGAGGCCGAGGUGGAUUUGGAGGCCGAGGUGGAUUUGGAGGCAGAGGAGGCGGCUAUGGAGGACGGGGGGGUGGUGGUGGUGGGGGCCGUGGAGGCUUCAGACAGGACUAUGGGCCUCCAGAGUAUGUAGUGGGAUUAGGCGAGUUCAUGCACCCCUGUGAAGAUGACAUUGUGUGCAAGUGCACUGCAGAAGAGAACAAAGUUCCUUACUUCAAUGCUCCAGUUUAUUUGGAAAAUAAGGAACAGAUCGGAAAGGUGGACGAAAUAUUUGGACAGCUCCGGGGUUUUUACUUUUCGGUCAAACUCUCAGAAAAUAUGAAGGCAUCUUCAUUCAACAAAUUACAGAAGUUCUAUAUAGACCCAGCGAAGUUGCUUCCCCUGCAGCGGUUCCUGCCUAGACCGCCGGGUGAGAAGGGUCCUCCGAGAGGCAGGGGGAGGGGUGGCAGAGGAGGCCGAGGAGACUGGGGUGGAGGAGGACGAGGGGGUCGUGGAGGUGGUUUCCGCGGUGGCCGAGGCGGCGGUGGUGGAGGAGGCUUUAGAGGAGGCUUUAGAGGAGGAAGAGGUGGAGGUGGCAGCCGAGGUUUCAGAGGUGGAAGAUGAUGAGAACAGGAAGUGAGACCUGCACUGACAUGGUUCCAGUUUCUGCAGCAACUGUUUGGCAUCAAAGAGGCUGCAGCUAAUCUGUUGUUUUGUUCAUAUUUAAGAGAAAGUGCUUUUAUGAUAGAGACCGUGACGAGUACUUGCACUGUUUUAAACUGCUUGUUACUUUCACAUUUUGUAUGAACAUUCCAAUCAGGGAUGCCUGUGUAAUUAAAUUAAUUAAUUCAGAUUUUUUGGUUGUAGCCUACUUUUUAAAAAUGUAUUUUUAAUUAAAACCUUUCUUCAUAUCACAGUGUGUGAGAUGUUGGCACGUACUAUUUCACUUCCCAUUUUAGUCAGGCAUUGUAUAUAACUGUUUUUUCAAGAUACUUUCUGAAGUAACUAUUGCCUGGAAUUAUAUUGGCAAAAUGUACUGUUUGUACUGUGCUGGAAUUUAAUACAAUAAACCCACCCAUUUAAGUUAUUUCUUGAAGUAGUAAUUUUAACCCCAUAGGUACUUAUGACACACUUCCUUUUUCUGGAUAACUGCUUAUACAACUGUUGUGGAACUUGGUAUAUUAAUAUUUAGCAUAAGUAAUUGAGAGUAUCCCAUCAUAUUCAUAUAUCCAUCCAUCUGUAGGUUACAUUUUUGUUUGUCAUGGAACUUGGUAUUAACAUUUUAGUUUGUUAUUGAGAAUACAAAAUUCUUGAUCUAGGGGAGUGUCUGUCUGGUGGUACAUCCGUCCAUCUAUAUGUCACACUUAAAUUUGUUGCAUGUAUCUGCGUAACCACUAAUUCAACUCAUUAAACUUUAAGCGUCCUUGUAAAGUGAAGUUUGUCAACCUGCUGUCGCUACACUUAAUGAAGUUUAGAAAUUAGGUUUGGGAAGAAAGGCCUGUCCCCUACACACAUUACGUCAUCCAAUUCUGGCCUAUCAGAAAUCGACUGGGAACUAACCCUUAUGUUGUGUUUGAUGUAUUCGUAUCCCUUCACCUCCCCAACUACACCCUGUAACUACCACAUGGUAGUAUUAGGGGAGUCUGUUGCCACUUCCAGCAGGUCUGGUUUAAGGCGCAUGUUCAUUUUUUAUGUUACAUAAUCGUCAAUAAAAUAUAAAUUGAUA